CGCUAAAACCACCCUUGCCGAGCAUCAUCUCAGCCCGAUCGAUCCCGGUCUUCCGUCGCGUCCCAGGACUGCAUGUGCUACUCUCUGCUGCGACAGUAGGGAUACGGCUGCCUCUUCCGGCCCAGCAUCUGAAGACCGCGGUCCUGUCGCUGACCCGACCCUCCAAUCUUGGCAGACCAAUUGCGGCCCCCGGUCCUUAAGCAUGGCAACUGCUUCCCUUCUUCUUAUGCCCGGAGCCGUCUCGGGCCGCUCAUCAGAGCCCCCGUCUCUCUUCUCGUACAUCUGCUUCUUGGCUGCCUAAGAUCGAUGCAGACCAACGCAAAGUCAAACGUCCACAACACUGAUUGCCCAUGUCCUGAUCAGGUCUGAAUGACAGCCUAAGGGAGCGAGCGCUGCUCACUUCUGCAACUUGCAGAGGACGCCCAAACACCAUGGACAUGGCCAAUAGGAGGGACCUGGCUGAACAUGUCGGCCAGGUCUUACCCGUCAGCUUCGACCCGGUGUUGCUGGUAUUGAGCUACCUGAUCAGUCUCGUGGGAGCCGGAACGACGCUCGAACUCAUCCAUCGCCGGACUUCGAGAAAGGGUUAUUACAACAACCUCUUGCUUUUUGCCGCCGCAGUGACUAUGGGUGGUGUUGCGAUUUGGUCAAUGCAUUAUAUAGGCAACCGUGCGACGCUUCUAAAUAGCGGGGAACCUGAGCUUCAGAUCGCCUACUCGGUCGGGGUCACUAUCGCCUCCUUCUUCGUUCCCAUCAUCGUCCUGUUGGUUGCAUUUUUCGUCGUUACUGGCGCCAGCACCAGCGGUAACCGGGUCAGCUGGUGGCGUGUCAGCAUCGCCGGCACGCUUUCCGGGGGUGCUAUCUGCGGCAUGCACUACCUUGGUAACUCCUCCAUCAGCAAUUACCGAUGCACCUACGUCGUUCCCUUCGUCGUCGGCUCCGUCAUUAUCGCUGCCGUCGCCAGCACCGUGGCCCUCGCUCUCUUCUUCAUCUUCAGGAGUUCCUGGACCAAUUCUUGGUGGAAACGAGUCGGAUGCGCCGUUGUCAUGGCUGGCGCCGUGUCGGGAAUGCAUUGGUGUGCUGUGGCUGGUACACGAUUCACCUUGUUGCACGUUAAUGCCACCAGCGAUCUCAGAUCCCGCAAUACAACCGUUAUUGUAACGGCCUGUCUGUCAUUCGCGGCUUGUUUGAUAAUGGCCGGACUCGCCAUCUACUCGGCUCGCGUUCGCAAAAAUUACGCAAAUAGGGCUCAGACCAUCACACUCGCAGCUGCCGUCUUUGAUGAGCAUGGGAGGAUUCUGGUGACGCCUGAUGGUUACUUGCCAAGUGAAGUAGUCACCAGCACCUUCCUACACAAAGCACAAAAUGAAACAUUCUCGACAGCUCACCCCUUGUUCCACUGGCUUUUCCAAGCAUCUCGGAAUUGGGAUAGCAUCUCGGCGCUCCUCGAUAAAAUGUACCAGCAUCUUGCCCGCCUCCCACACCAUGGGCGCAACAUGAGAACGGCCAUUGAGCUUGUGGACAAGGAAGGACACAUCAUCGAGAACUACGACAUCAUAUUUUGCGAGCUGUUUUGCGUCGCGGCGUCUGCCCUAGCCCACCAAACGAACGAAGACCUCGUCAAUGCCGGCAUUUUGUGGGACGAGAUCCUCGCAACAGGUGGACACUCCUCUACGGACUCCAUUGGUGAAGCCGCAACUGCCUCCCGCUCCCGCGGAGGCUCUGUGCCCGAUAUCAAACAAGAUCUCAAUGACCUAGCCGAGAAAGGAGCGAGGCCAGCCAAGCGCGGCGGCCAAGGUCACCUCAUGUUCUUGGUCCGCAGGGUAGAUAGCAGGCACGUCGACCAUAUGGCAGCCUCGGGCUACUGCUUCGCCGAGCCUCGACAUGUCGCUCAUAUCAUCCGCUCCAAGAUGCAGAUCAGGAGCGCCAGGCUCGAGGAAAAGUUGAGGGGCAUGGAACGGUACGCCCGGGGUACCAUGAUGGAACCCGGCGUGCACCUCGGCCUGUUCGCCGUCAGAACCCAAUUGCAACAAAUGGGGUUCGAUAUUCUCGUCAGAAAACAGGCCCGGAACCUGCUGCCGACCAUUGAAAUUCCACUGGAUCGCCUCGAACUCUCCCACAUUGAGUUCCUUCGCAAGCUGGAUGGCAUGUCGCUUGGCUCCCUUCACAGGCAAUUGGAGCGGACUUCGGAACUGCCGCCGCGAGAUGCAAGUUUUGCCAGGCUCCUGCUCGAUGGGAUACGGAACCUCAGGACCUCGGUGCAAGACCCCCUUUUCGACACCGCCAAGCUGGUAUCCAAAGUCACCCAGGUCCCUUGCACGCCGCCGAUCAACGACACGCGACCGUCAACAUGCUCCCUCAUCGCCUUCACCAUCAUGAUUCCCAUCCACGUCCGUGCCGAUGCUCCCGCCUACGAGUUCAUUCCCCUUCCCUUCUUCAAGACUCAGCAGUUGGUCUACAACAACUCACCUCACAAGGCAGCCUUCGCGCGCUCGGUACACCGCAAGAUCUCGCCCAUACUCGAAUCAAUGUCCUCCGAUAGCACACUGCUGCCCUCAAGCCGCCUGCCGGACUGGAUCAAGACGCCUGGAUUCCUCUACUUUUCCAGCGACGGCCGGGCAUCCCGUACUCUCGAGACCCAGCUGCGCAGACAGCGGACCAAUGCGGUCAAAUUGACGUCCCCGAGCCGCGAGCACAUGACAAUGACGCCCUGCGAUGAGAGCAGCGUUGCAUCGCUGACAUUGUAUGGCGUCAGCGGCGGCGAGGCAGAUCUCUCGCCCGACCGCAAGCAACCGAGCGACAUAUCUGUCUCGGACAUCGCGAAAGUGGCCUCACGAAGGCAGCAGCCGUCCAAAAUAUCGUUUGGCGGCAUCAUGAUCUCGCAGGAAGUCACCGUCGACGUGGAAGAAGUAACAACAGUCCCGGCGUCCGAGAUGCCCGAGAUGCCCCCUCCGACUCACCACCACCACCAUCACCACGACGGGUCCAUCGGCGGCGGUGGCGCACCCGGACUGACGCGCCAGAGGAGCCUGCGUGGCUUGCAGAGUGCAGGUGAUGGACAGAACCCGCCUAGGUAUGGAGAUGAUAUAGAGCUCAAGGAGGUCAAGACUGUGCUUGGUGUGGGCGUGUCGAAGGUCGAGGUCAGGAAGGAGGGGGAUGAUGUGGCGACGACGUUUGUCGAUGAUCUUUUUGCGAUUUGCAUUGAUACCCCUAGACGUAUGUAA